ACGAGAUAUAACAUAGUUAAAUGAACCUGGUUAUAAGGGUAAAAAGCUUAACUUCUCAUUUGGAUUUCAAACUAAAAUGCAGAAUAAGCUUUAGGUGUUGGCACCUAAUAGUGUUCUGCAUUUCUUUUCUUUUUUGGGAGGAAGCAUUUGUUUCUAAACCACAGGCAGAUGUGCUUCAUUAUGCUGUUUAGUUCUGGUAAUAUUAUGGCAUAGAUUUAAAAGGUAAUCUGUAAUGGCAAGCCUAAAAACAUACUCUAUGUACCUGCAAUCAUGCACCAAACUACCUCUUUCCUCUAUUCCCCUAAUCAACAGUUCUAUAAGGCAUUGUACUCUAUGUACACAUCACCAUCUAAUGGUUUGUAUCUAAGUGGAUAUUGCAGAUACAAAAUAACAGGCGAAUAUAAAGGGUUGACCAGAAGGAGGAAGCAGCAAGACAGCCCUGUGGUUGUGCAUACAUGUGGGUGCAAUCACCUCCUGUUUCUGAUGCACACACACAUGCAAAACUGUAGGGGUUGUUUAUGACAACACACACAAAGUACAUUUUCAAAACCUUAACUUCCUCAUAAAUUGGCACACACACACGCACAGAAGCACAUGCAUCCAAGCAGAAACACAGACACACACACAGACGUUGUUUUCUCAGACAUAGUGCUUUUCCCACGCUCGCAAACACAUUGCGAAAACGUAACUAUUGCUUGCUGCUUGGUGGAGAUAAUGUGAUUUAAUGCCUUAUUUUCACACACAAGAGCACUCGGCAGGCAGUUCGUGUUAGAACCAAAAGAUGACUUCUACGGUAACCCAAAGUGCGCAAUCCACGGCCAUAAGCUCCAUGAUGACCACAAGCUCCUUACUUACAACCUCAACGCUGCCGCUUGGUAAUAAUGAGUACCACACAGUCCUCCUGGUCAUCUACUCUGUGGUUCUGCUCAUCGGUACCAUUACCCUGAGCCUGAUGAUGCACAUCAUGAGGUCCAGCCUGGCAUCCAUCACCUCCAUCGCCGUACUCAACCUCAUCUUCACCCACUUCGUCUUCCUUCUCACUGUGCCCCUCAGGAUUUACUAUUACGCAACUAAUCACUGGAACCUGGGCAUGGGUUGGUGUAAAGUGGUCAGCGGCAUGAUUCACAUCCACAUGUACAUGUCUUUUAUCUUCUACGUGAUCAUCCUCAUCACACGCAUGAUGACGUUCUACAACAAAGCACAGGGGGUUGCCUCCUUCCAGAGGAUUCACGCACUUCUCGUCAGCGCCGUGGUGUGGAUGGUGGUGCUUGUCGUGGUCCCUUGCAUAAUCCAUUUUUCCUAUGGCAAAAAGGAUGAGGAUCAGCGCUUGGCCAACAACAGUACCAACACUGGGACUUGCUUCAAGUUUGGCAACAACAUAGCGUCAACCGCCAAGGUGUUCAACUACAUCAUAAGCACAGUCAUCAUAGUGGUGGCCUUCGUGCUGACGGCCCUCCAUGCCAAUGUUCUAAGGGAUUUAUACAGGAAGCACCACCAGGGAUGCACCUCUCAGCAAGACUUUGGGGCUCAGCUGAAGAGUCUGUGCUUUGCUCUCAUCAUGGUUGUCAGCUUCAUUCCUUACCACAUGUUCCGGCUAAGGUACUUAGAAGACAUCUCCCGUCUGGAGAAUGUCAAUGAGGUGUUUCUGAGUUUGACCACUUUUAACUGUGUGGACAUGCUCACCUUCUUGGGGAGGAGAACCUGCUACCGGUGCUUCCCAGACAAGGGUCCUUGACAACUGUUGUUAGGGGGUGUGUCAGGGGGUCAAGAUUACACGUUACUUUACUGUUCUUUAUUGCUUUAUUAAAGUUUAUAAGAAAUAUUGCAUUUACAAAAAUAAUCUUUAGGCUACUCAAUGGUUACUUACUAACCUAUUUGGAGCUGUUGUUAUUACCAUUUUCUGUCAGAUUUGCCAUGCUUUUUUUUUUUUUUUAAAUCCUACCACUGUUGUGUUUUUAUGUGACUUAUUGAACUGUGUUUAUGAUUUUUUCAAAUUAUUAUAUGUGAUAGUUGAAAGUGCAGAGAGACACAAAUCAUGGGGAGGGAGAGAGGUAUGACAUGCAAUGUGGUAUGUGUCUUAACUUGUAGGCUACCAGGGUACCCCUUAAACUGUGUUUCUAUUGAUGAAAAUAUCGAAAUAAGGCAUGACUGGAAACUGUUGUUUGCUUAUGACUCAAAAUGAAUGAUCUCUUGCCAUCUACUGGUCUUUGUAUAUACUACACAUGCUUCAAGCUUAUGUAUUAUUAUUAUUAUUAUUAUUAUUAUUAUUAUAUAGUUUGCCAUUGGUCUUUGGGUUCCCUCAUAUUUCAUCCCAAAUGUGACUUCAUGUGAAAAGCAUGUGAAUGGAAAUGAAAAGUAAAUAUAUUUCACCGUAUUUGGUAACCCCUGUGUACAUAGCUGGAGUGAAAUAAAUGUCUAAAAUUGUUA